AUGGGGGGUGCAUGGGAGGAGUACCGGGACAUGCACAGGAGGAGCCGUCGAGACUUGGAAGGAGGAGGAGAGGAGGAGGAGGGAGCAAGCGUAGACUACAAGUACCUGGUGUGGCGAUGCAGACCCCUUGGGAGCUGCGGGGGGCUCGGCAACAGGGUACAGAACAUAGUUUCUGCCUUCGCACUUGCGCUGCUGACUGACAGAGCUUUCUUCAUCGACUACCCUGGGCGCCCCCCGUACGAGCUCGACAACUUCGUUAGAUCGCGGGGGAUAGAUUGGAGGGUCCCUUCCCAGUUCCUCUUCGCGCCAUUGUCGGUGGAUUGCGGUUUCGUUGGGCUGGAUGCAACCGACAGCAACAAUCAGGCAAGGAGUUCAGACCGGCAUGCUCCUUGCUUGCUCUCUCCCAGCUCUCUCCCUGCUCUCUCCCUGCUCUCUCCCUGCUCUCUCCCUGCUCUCUUUGAUCUGAUCCUUGAGCAGGAGGUCAGAAUGAAGAAGAGAAAGUUUGUAGCCUCCGAAAAUUUCCUUGAAUACACCGAGAGAAUACUUUGGGUUCUCCCCUCUAGCGAGUUGUACCUCCGCGAUGUACUGUACAACAAAUUCUUGAGGGAAGCAGCAUGUAGAUACGACCUGAGGUCAGUCGAUGAUGCUUUUUCGCGUCUGGCAACCUUCCUGUUCUCCCCGUACGGGAGAGUCAUGGAGGACUUGCAAGACAUAGCUGAGGAAAUGAAAGGCUUCUACACCAUCGCACUCCAGGUGCGGGUGGGGAUCGGAUCGGACUUCCGACUAUUCAAUGAGAGCAAUCUGAGGAAGGACGUCGUCAGGUUCGCCAACGUGGCAAGGCACGUGGAGGAGGAGUACAACACAGAGGGCAAGACCGUCCGAUGGCUCCUGGUAACCGAUAGAGACGAAGUGCAGGAUGAGCUGGUGGCUCUGGGGUACAGGGAGCGGCUGUGGAGGCUUCCGGGAGCAGCGCUGCACAUGGACAAGGGGGUCAGUUUCCAGGAGCUCCAUCGGACCUUCGUGGAGUGGUACAUGUUCAGCAUGGUGGACGCGGCGGUGCUGACGAUGGAGUCGUCGUUCGGCCUUACCGGAUGGCUCCUUGGACGGGAACGGCCGCUGUUUGCCAUUAUCAGCGAAGAGAGGUAUAGUCUGUACAACAUAUCGAAGCUAAGAGACGACACGGAGGAGUACACUUGCGGCCCAUGGGAUGUCUGUCUAGCUGGCGAGUACACCAUGACAACAUGGAACCGAGAGGAGACAGUGAAGGAAUCCGUCGAUUGCCCUCAACCCUACGUUCCCUUCGACCCCGAGGAUGCGAUGCGCUGGUCCAGAGCUUCAACCUCCUUCCACAACGAGACGGAGACCUGCCAAACCUUCGAGGCCCAUAUCCUCUCUCCCCCUCCUGCGGAUGGCAACCUUACCGUCCCCUACCUGGGCGAGCAGAGAUCUCCUACACUCUCCCUUGUCUUCGAGACUCUUGGCAUGCCCAUGAGCAGCCUCAACGCCAUCACGUACCUGCUGGAGAUCGACGACUUCGUGUACGAUGCCUUCACACGAGAGCAGGUCGCUGUCCUCAAGAUGCCUCCUGCCCUCGGGGAAGCGCAGCCCUGCUAUCCUCCCAUAGAGAAGGAGAGACUCAGGCACUCCCUCCCACCCAUCGACCUGCAGCGUCUCCCUCCAGGCGUCCACACGCUUCUCGUGCGCCUCAUGGGAGGAGACGUCUCCCGCACUGUUGAGGUCCCCGUCAUCUACUCCUCCUGA